UAUAAAACACCAUCGUGAAGCUUCGUGCCUAUCCAUUGUGUCCUCUGACAGCAAUAAAGAGGCUCCUUAUCCAACUUUCACAAUAAUUCACUAUUAGGACAAUGCGGUUGCUUCUGACCGGAGUUACAGGCGUCGACCCAUCCAUCACGCGCAUCACCCUCUUGUCCCGGAGGCCCAUCCCUCCAUGGGCCGUCCUCCCCUCCGACGCCUCCUCCAAGACGACCCUGAUCCAGCACGACGACUUCACCAAGUACCCGCCCGAGGUCGCGCGCCAGCUCGCAGAGAAUGAUGCGUGCAUCUGGGCGCUUGGCAGGAGCGCGAUAGGCAUGAAUGAAGAGGAUUACACGCGGAUGACGCAUACGUUUACGAUGAGCGCCGUGCGCGCGCUUAAGGAGGCGGGUGUGGGCGAGGGGAGGGAGGAGGGCAAGCCGUUUAGGUUCGUGUUCAUCAGCGGGGGGCUGGCUGACCAGACGGAAAAGUCGUGGAUGAUGUGGGCGCGGGUCAAGGGCCGAACGGAAAAGGACCUCGUCGAGUUCUGCAAAGCCUCUCCAAACAUGAAGGCGUACGUCUACCGCCCCGGGUACUUCUUCCCCUCGGCAAAGUACCCGGAAGACCGCAAGAACCAGCGUAGCGCCACCGCUAACGUCGUGGACUGCACGGUGACGCCGAUAUAUGAUCUUCUGGCGCCUUCGGCAUAUUCUCCCAUCGAGGACCUCGGCCGCUUCUCCGUCGAGCUCGCCAAGGGCCGCUGGCCGGACGGGGAGCUCUUCAGGAACAAGGACAUGAUCAGGCUGAUGAAGGAGCUGUAGAGGCUAUAGCGUACUAGAUACCCAUGUGACAAGUUACCCGCCAUAGUACGUACAGACUGCAUUCACCAUAA